GCUCCUCACACUGAUGACCAGUGCCCUGAUAAUCAGUGUAGCCCCAUCAGUGCCACCUGUCAGUGUCCAUGAGUGCCAUCUGUCAUUGCCCAUCAGUGCACAUCAAUGUAACAUAUCAGUGCCCAUCUGAGCUGCCUUUCAGUGCCACCUAUCAGUUACAUCAGUGCUGCCUAUCAGUGCCAGUCAGUGCUGCCUAUCAGGGCCGCCUAUCAGUGCCAUAUAUGAGUACUGCCUUUCAGUGAUCUCUGUCAAUGCCCACCAGUGAUGCCUGUCAAUGCCCAUCAGUGCCACCCCUACCAGUGCAUCCUCAUCAGUGCCACCCAUCAGUGCAGCCUCUCAGUGCCCAUCACUGCAGCCUCAUUAGCGCACAUCAGUGA